GAAAGAAAAAUUACGGAUGUUUUGAAAACUCCUCUAAACUUCCUCGAGUACAAUCUUAGAUGCCUUUUGAGGGAUAAGAAAGAACAUCCAAGAAGGCAAUUGAACAAAUACGUUUACUGAAAACAAAAAUAUCAAAGCUGGCGGUUGAAACGGCCUUGACCCCAGUACUGUUUUAACAAGUUCUUGCACAGUCAACGAUUGCUCACCAAAACACAAUGGUGUUUUGUUGACAACAAUGGAAUACACGUGAGAAUGGCAUCUGGUGGCAGACAAGAAAGUAGACGACUAGAAGACUCAACAAUGGAGAGCCUUGCUGAAGUAUUUCGAUGCUUCAUUUGUAUGGAGAAGUUGAGAGAUGCACGGUUAUGUCCGCAUUGUUCCAAACUCUGCUGCUUCUUAUGUAUACGGAGAUGGUUAACGGAGCAAAGAUCACAAUGUCCACACUGCAGAGCCUCUCUCCACAUUCAUGAGCUGGUCAAUUGUCGCUGGGCGGAGGAAGUGACUAACCAGCUAGACACCCUUAAAGACUGUGCUCCCUCCCCAAAGAAAGAGGACUCCGACAAGGACAAAUGUGACGACCACCAGGAGAAACUGAGUGUAUAUUGCUGGACCUGUAAACAAUGCAUUUGUCAUCAGUGUGCAUUGUGGGGAGGAACGCACUCUGGUCAUACAUUCAAACCUCUGGAUGAUGUCUAUAAUGAGCAUGUGAAGAAAAUUACAGAAGAACUGAACCAGCUGAAACGUCGUCAUGUAGAGCUCAUUAGUCUGGUGCAGGAUGUGGAACGCAACAUAGAGGGGGUAAAGACUGCCAAAGAUGAGAGAGUAAGAGAAAUCAGGAAUGCUGUGGAGCUGAUGAUUGCAAGAUUGGAGACUCAGCUCAAGUCCAAACUUCUUACCUUAAUGGGCCAGAGAGGGCAAGUGACCCAGGACACAGAAAAGUUAGAGACUCUGAUCCAGAAGAUGAACCAGAAGCUGCUGAACAGUGGCAAGAAUGAACUGAUCGGCCAGAGCACUGAACUUCUACAGAUGUUCAAACAGUUCCACUGUAAACCCAUGGCCUCCUUUGUUACUGCUCCAGUACCUGCAGAUUUUACCAGUGAGAUAGUCCCCCAGUAUGACACUAGUACUUUUGUGAUGAAGAACUUCAGUGUGUUACAACAGAGAGCUGACCCAGUCUACAGUCAGCCAUUACACGUGUCGGGCCUCAGCUGGAGACUCAAAGUCUAUCCUGAUGGCAAUGGAGUGGUAAGAGGAAAUUACCUGUCAGUAUUCCUAGAACUGUCUGUUGGACUCUCUGAAAAUUCCAAAUAUGAAUACAGAGUGGAGAUGGUCCACCAAGCCUCCAGAGACUACACAAAGAACAUCGUUCGGGAAUUCGCCUCGGACUUUGAGGUGGGGGAGUGUUGGGGGUACAACAGGUUCUUCCGCCUGGACCUGCUGGCCAGUGAGGGUUACCUGGACACAGACACCGACACCCUGAUCCUGAGGUUCCAGGUCCGACCCCCCACGUUCUACCAGAAGUGUCGAGACCAGCAGUGGUACAUUAAUCAGCUGGAGUCCACUCAUACUCAACUGAUCAACCAGAUCACUGAUCUCAAAGAGAGGUUACUCCUGCUUGAGAUGUCUAGAAACUCAGGGUCCGGCAAAAAGGGUGGAGCAUCAGCUGAAUCCCCCCUGCCAUUGAUAGAUCCCCAGGGCAGUGGUGAUGGAAAUCUUACUCAGCAUUCCAUUCUGUAUCCCAAACCAAUCCAUCCAAACUCAGGCUCUGAGAUCGAGAUCGAGCUGUGCGAAGAAGACCAUACAGCAAAGGAUGACAGCUCAACCUCUGGAUCAAUUGAUGAGAUAAGCCAGUAUGAUAUAGAGGACUGUGAGCAUGACAAUGACCAAGGGGCAACAGAACACAACGACGAAAAUGACAUCGACGAGGAGACUAUGUCUGUAGACAAUGAUGUGGAGAAUAAUUGGGAGAACAACUUGGACAGAUUGGGGGCUCAUAGUUACACCCCCACCAUCCCUAACAUUACAGAUAACAGUGCUGUAGAUGAUGAAGCAGUCCUAAUGCAGUUUUUACAAGAACAUUCUAAAUAUGACAACACUUGGUGUGUUGGAAAUGAUGCUGCAGGUGAUGGACUCAGUUCUGACUGGUUGGACAAUGUCCUGAAAUUCACUAAAUCCUGCAGUAACAGCAAAGAUACAAAGGACAAGGACUCCAAGAAGGAUCCUGCCAUCAAACCUAAACCUCCUGCCAACAAGCCUGCCAUCCCAGCCAAGCCUGCCAACGCCUCUGCCACCGCCUCCAAGCCACCACCGCCCACCACGGACUACAUGCUGGAACACAUACACCAGAGGUUCACAGAGCUGGCGGCCUCCACUCUGGCGGCUGCCAGUGGUGCUGUGACUAGUGAGACAGAGGCUAGGGCCAUGGUCAAAUCAGACAACAAAGACAAAAAAGAAAGAGUGCAGAUUCCAUCCAUGGAUCUCUCAACAAAUGAUAAAGGAAGCAAACUUAAAGGAGAGAAGGAAAAGAAAAUAACAAAUACAUGUAUAUCCUCCUCAGAUUUAGAUGGAGUUCUUGGCCUUGACUUGACCAGUGCCUCCUUAGAACAGGAGACUUUGUCUGACAUAUCAUUGGAUGACAUUCCAUCUCCCCAGCGGUACCAGUCCCAGCAGCUAGCAACCGCCAUUCCACACAGUCCACCUGAUCAAGGAGGAAGCAGAAAGAAAAGACUGGUUAUAACCAAGAACAAGGUUUCUACAGCAGCUUCUGGAUCUCAUAAAGACCAAGGAAUUCCCUGGGCUCUGAAUUUUGUAAAAAAGGUGAACAAAUCUGAGCCAGCCAUGGAGUCAAAAGAUAAAGGAGGAUGCACAGUCACUGUGGGGUUGUCCUCUGUUGUUGUUGAUAACCAUAGUAACGGUAAAGAGGGCUCUCAGUUGCCUAGCAGUAGUGCUUCAGGAGCCAACAGUGAUCACAACACAUCGUCUGAUUCAUCAUCAUCCAGUUCUGGUCCUCUUGUGGAAUUCAGUUCUCAGGCUGCUGCCAAGGAAGCCAGGUCAGAGAGUGGUGAUGAUGCAUCUGUGGUAUAACUAUUCAGCAUCCGUUCCAUGUCACUCAUCUAACAAGGUUCAUAUUACCUCAGAGACAGGAAGACAAGAUUUAAAACUGACAAUUAUUGCCACAAAGAAAGCAGGAGAAACAAAGGAAAUAUUUCAUAUUUAGUUUUCGUUGAAGUGAUAUCUGGGUUUCAUUAAAGUGAUAUUUGACCUUCACUAAAGUGAUAUAUAUAUCUAGUCACGAUGAUCAUAUCAGGAAAAUCGCCAUGCUUUUUUUUUUUCAUCAUAUGUGUUGUACUUGAAUGAAGUGGAAUUUUUUCAAUCAUUCUAAUGAGAACUUUAUGUGCUGCCAUGGUUGUAUGUUUUAAUAGAUUUGUUAAAUCUUGAACUAUAUUUCUAUCCUCUUGAAGUUCAAAUGAAGUCAGUAACAAAGGAUUUCUAGCAGAGGUCAUGUUUUGCAUGUACUUUUAUAAAUUUUCUUAUUAUUUCAAGGAAUAUUUGCUCAAGGUCAGUUGAAGAGAAAGUUGAUGCUGUAAUUAUCGGUACUGUUCAAAAAUAAGGGAAAUAGAGUGUGGCAUUUCAAGGAAAGCAAAGUGAUUGCAUUUGUUAAUUUUAAUAUGAGUCAUAUUAUCAAUGUGAAUAAUUCUAACUAUAAUGCUAAAGUUACACACACAGUAUUGAAACUAUUGUCUGACUAUCAUUUCAUUGCAUUUUUGUCAGGGGUAUGUAGAAUCCAAAAUGGUCUGGGAAAUUGUGGCCAUUUUUUUUCAAACAGUUCAAAAUCUUUUUUUUUUUCUAAAUUCCAAUUCAGAUCUCUUCAUUUCUUUUGUUUAAUUUUACUGUUUUGCUUUUUUGCAUAGGAUUAUUGUUAUGAAUUUAUAUUUUCUAUUCUGUAUAUUUUAUUUUUUCUAAGUAAUUUAGGUAAUGGUUUUUAAAGCAUUAGUACAUAUAGUUAUUUAGACAGUGCUAUUUUGACCUAUGACUGUGAUGAAAUACUUCAGUGCAAGGAUGUGUUUUCUUUCUUUCUUUAUGCUAACAACUAGAAUUUGUAUGAACAUGUUGCUUGUGUGUUUUACAGACAUGAUUGAUUCAAAUGUAAAAAUGUUUGUGUUAAAUUUGCAUUUAUUUGAUAAUUGAAAUAAACGAAUGUUUUCAGUACAA